GCCACUAAACCCCCUCCUCCACCUCAAAUCAUUGGGGGUCAGCCAGCCUAUACUGUCCACUGCCUACUGGACUCCCGCCGAGUUUGGGGUGGGCUACAGUAUCUCAUGGACUGGGAGGGAUACGGUCCAGAGGAGCGUUCCUGGGUUCCAUCCCAGGAUAUUCUGGAUCCAGGACUCCUCCAGGAUUUCCAUGCCCGGCAUCCUGAUCGUCCUGUGGGGAACGUCAGGAGACGUUCCUAAAGGGGGAGGUCCUGUCAGGAUCUGGACUGUAAUACAUCCUUUAGGCCACCAGAUGUUGACUUUGGGUUUUUUUCCUGUAUUUGAGUGUGUCUUGGUAAUUCCACCUGUGUCUUAAUUGUGUUGUGUAUUUAAGUUGCCCGUUUUGUAGCUGUCUUUGCUCAGUCUGUGUCCUGUCUACCUUGAGUAAGUGCUACCUUUUGUUGGACUGAAAACUUGACUGUCUAGACUUGCGCGUACCAAGCUUUCAAUCACAUCACACAAGGCAAUCACAUUCUGAGUUUCAUCAUCACAUAAUUGGUGUUUGGCUUUCUGUUUGUCUAAUGCUUGAGUGUAGUGGGGUGGGCUACAGGCAGAAAUCUCGAGAGAGCAGUUAAGAGUCGAGCCGCUUCUCCAGUUCAGUGUUGUGAACGUUCAUUAAUUAUUAACAGUUGACCCCGGAGACAAGUGUCUAAUUACACCAUCCUGUUUUUCCCUUUUGUUGAACAAACAAGGUAACUCUGUGGAGAUGUGUGACUCUUGCAGCCACCUCCCGGGUGGAUCUCCUCGCUAGUGCCAGUCCUCUCUGAUUCGUCAAGCCACUCGCUGGACAGCUUCAAACAUCUUUAGCCAGCGCACAACUCAAAUUGCACGGCACUGAAAAAUUCUGGAUAUGACGUCAGAAUCCCGGAUAUGACACCCAGACAGUUAAGAGCCUGCUGGGUAAUCCGAUGAGCCCAGCACAGUCCAUGAGAACCGGGAAUGUCGCGAAUUGAGAUGUGGUCUGAGGAGAAUUUGUCGCUAGUUCAACAGAUAUUUUGGUGAGUGGUAGCUAACAUCAGCGACACCAUGUUAGUUGGCAAACGUCACCAGUACAGGUGUGUGACCCAUGGAUCAGAACAGCAGCAGUGAGGAGCUGCAAGUAAUUAAUAGCGACCCCACGGUGGAGAGGAUUAAGAUGGCCAUAGUGCAAGUGCUGGUUUGGUUCUUUAUUUACAUUGACAUCAUCAUGCUCUUCACCUUAUUCAGUAAGCAGGCUUUCUGGGGCACCGCACGCUACAUCCUGUUUGCUCACACCCUGCUGGUGGACUCAAUCUACCUGCUGCUCACAGAACUGGUGGUGCUGCUUAGCUACAACUAUCUGCUCUUUCCUGUGAGCUCCUGCAUUCUGCUCUGCAUUAUCUUGGAGAUCGUUAGCAACUGCACACCAGUGACCAUCACUGCUAUGUGCUUAGAGCGCUAUGUGGCCAUCUGCAUGCCUCUGAGGCACGCUGACAUCACCACCACUGGCAGAAUGUUGGUUGUCAUCACCACCGUCUCAGCCUACAGCUCCCUCAUCCCUUUUCUGGACCUCUUUGUCCUGAUCAUCACGGCCCCGCCCGGCUACUUUGCCACGCCGACCUUGUGCCACUAUGAGAUCAUGAUUCUGACUGAGUGGCAUCGCUUCAUACGGGAUGUCUGGUAUCAAAUUGACAUAGUUUUGAUUGUGCUUAUCAUUCUGUUUUGUUAUGUUAAAAUCACGCUGGCAGCUCGGACUGCCUCCGGAGAGAAUAAGCAGUCUGCGUCAAAGGGGAGACACACGCUCCUGCUCCACGGCCUGCAGCUCAUUCUCUGCAUAGCUGACAAUUUGAGCCCUUACACUGAGAAAAUAGCGCUGGAGCACAGUCUGCAGCUAUACUUGAGUAUCCGAUACUCCAAUUAUGUGGCCUUGGGCAUCGUCUCCAGGGCUCUGAGUUCAAUAAUAUAUGGUCUCAGAGAUAAAAAGUUUUCCCUUGUUCUAAUGUAUUACAUCACCUGCAGGUUUAAUCACAAUAUAGCAGCUUAAAGACUCUUCAGAGAUGAAUCAGUAUAUCUGAAUAUAAAGACAGCACUACAUACGUCUGCAAGGUCUCUUUUGCUCUUGUGAAUAUGUCUGGGUCAAAUAUGCACUUGAAAUACUUGAACUCCUUAGACACCAGUGAAAUUUAAACACUUCUGAAGAUCCCUGGCAAUUUUACAAUGAAACGUAUGUAUUACUAAGCAUUGGCAAAAAUGUUUCUUUCAAAACUGCAGCAGUUUUACUGGUUAAAUAAUUUCUUAGGACAAACAUUAAAAAAUAAAUUAGGAAAUGACGUGUGUCAGUGUGGUUUCUAUUUUGAGAAGGAAAGAAUAAAAUGUGGUCUCAAAAUCG